AAAUUCCAAUUUGAAUUACAUGGGCAAUUUGGAGCCACACAUACAAACACACUUCCUUUUACCCUCUGCAAAAAUGCAAGCUAACAAAAACACAAAACAAACACGAUAAUGGCUUCCUCCUCCGCCGCAACCACCACCACCGCACUCUUCGUCCCUCUCUCCACUCCUCGCCGCCUCUCCAUUACUAAAAUCCAACCUACAUUCCUCAAAAAACCCCUCCACCACCGCCCAAUCAGAACCCUAACCGCCACCGCCCCCAUCAAAUCAGUCGACGUCUCCAAAGAGGAGGAGCAGCCGCUGUCAUUACCGGAGGAGGAGAAUACAAUCGACAAGAGGAGGCUGGAGGAGAAGUUCGCCGUGGUGAACACGGGGGUGUACGAGUGCAGAUCAUGCGGCUACAAUUACAACCAAUCGAGCGGCGAUCCGUCUUAUCCGAUCCCGCCGGGGCUCCCCUUCGACAGACUCCCCGAGGAUUGGCGGUGCCCCACCUGCGGCGCGUCGCAGAGCUUUUUCCAGAGUAAGAGCUUGGAGAUCGCCGGCUUUGCCGCGAAUCAGCAGUUUGGAUUGGGCGGCAACACGCUCACCUCCGGCCAGAAGGCCUUGCUUAUCUACGGCGGCUUGCUGUUAGGGUUUGCUCUUUUCCUGUCUGGCUAUUUUCUUCAAUAGUUGAUUUUCAUUGUUAACAGAUGCUGCCAUGGCAAAUUUUCUUCAUUGUGUUAUAUAAAAAUGGAUGCAAUUUUUCAUUUGUUCAGUGUUUGUAUAUUUCUGGAGAUGAGUAAUUUCUGACUAUUUUAACCUUUUUGUAGUUAUA